ACCACACCCUUCCAACGAGUAACAACCCUCCACGUGACAGUACCUUCUCCCCGUUGGUGGGCUCACGGUUGUUACGGUGGACGCCGCCACAUAUUCCCCACCUCACAUAUAAUUGUUUCUUACAAAGGUAAAGGUGGAGUCUUUGAAUCUCUCUCUCCCAGCUCGAUAAUAAAUUUCAAUCCUUUAAAGACUUGGGGAGCUUCAUUCAUCUGGUUUUGGCUUCUGGGUUUGGAGUGGAAAUGGCGAGUUAUGGAGAUUCGAGCCAGAAGAUAGACUAUGUGUUCAAGAUUGUGCUGAUUGGGGACUCUGCGGUGGGUAAGUCUCAGAUACUCGCCAGGUUUGCAAGGAACGAGUUCAGCCUGGACUCCAAGGCCACUAUUGGAGUUGAGUUUCAGACCAGGACUCUGGUUAUUGAGCACAAGAGUGUUAAAGCUCAGAUCUGGGACACUGCUGGCCAAGAAAGAUAUAGAGCGGUUACAAGUGCAUACUACAGGGGUGCUGUUGGGGCAAUGCUGGUUUAUGACAUAACCAAACGUCAGACCUUUGAUCACAUACCCCGCUGGCUGGAAGAGCUGCGUAGCCAUGCUGACAAGAAUAUUGUCAUCAUUCUAAUAGGCAACAAAAGUGACCUCGAGGACCAGCGUGCAGUUCCCACUGAAGAUGCCAAAGAAUUUGCUCAAAAGGAAGGACUGUUUUUCUUGGAGACCUCGGCAUUGGAAUCAACUAAUGUUGAGAGUGCCUUCUUGACUGUGUUGACAGAGAUAUUCAACAUUGUUAACAAGAAGCACCUGGCUGCUAGCGAAAAUCAAGGCAAUGGAAACCCUGCAUCUCUGUCAGGUAAGAAGAUCCUCGUCCCAGGCCCAGCUCAAGUGAUCCCCCCCAAGAGCAAAUGCUGUACAUCAUUGUGAUUUGAUUCUCUGAACUUGGGAUGCUGUCUUCACAAUUCUUAAUACUAGCAAAUUUUGAGAGGUGUGAUACAAUUUCUUUGUAUAUUUUUUACCUUGCUAGUUUAGUUUGCAUGAGCUGAUUAAUUGCGUGUUUGAUAUGGAAGAAUGAACUAAAGACUUAGCUGAUUUGUGUUUGCCUGUCGCCUGGCAUCAGUCAUCUGUUCUUUUAAAUAUGUGUAGUUCCACAUUCUCCUUUAAAUGGUUGGAUACAUGAGUGAGGAUAUUUCCUAUC